AUGCCGCCCGCCCGUCGUCGAGGAGGCAAAACUGCCGCCACGCGGUCAACCCAGCCCGUUCUAUCGUUCGGUGCAAAGUCUCGAGUCACAAAGCCAUCAGCCGCCCCGUCAACGCCAUCGGAGAAGACCAAGGCUCAUGAACCCCUGGCUGCAACGGUCUCUGACACAGAAUCACCGAAAGAAACUACUGAACCCAACGUCACUUCGCCGUCGCAGCCCCAUGUGGCCGAGCUUGCUGUGAGACAACAAGCCAAGGUUGAAACCCAACAACCAUUAUCGGAAGAUGACAAAAAGGCGACGAAGAUUUCCCAGAAGCAACUGCAAGAUUAUUGGAAGAAAGAGGAGUCGAAGAGUCGAGGGCCAAGAGUUCAUCAUGACGAUCUCUCGCUGGAAGAGAAGAUAUUGCGGCACUUUGAUCUUUCCAGCCAAUACGGGCCUUGCAUCGGAAUCGCCCGUAUAAAGCGAUGGAGACGAGCAGAGUCUCUUAGCCUUAAUCCUCCCAUCGAAGUUCUCUCAGUAUUGCUCAAACAAGAUACAGCCACCGGACAGCGGGCAUAUAUUGACGAGUUGAUGUCGUGA